CGCAUACACAGGCAGAGCUGCUGUGGGUAGGAGGGUUUAGAGCUGCGCUGGCUUUUUAAGCUACUGGAUUCUGGUUCCUAUCCUAUUGUGGACUAGAGAACAAGACGAGAGGAAUCUAUUUUGGGCGUUUUCAAACUGUGCUGCCAGAGGUUAGACAUGAUGGAGACCAAACUCUGGAUUUCCCUGUGCGCGCUGCUGCUCAUUAACUUGGGAUCGGCGGAACACGAUAAUAACCACAUGGCUACUUCAAGAAGUCCUCUUGGUAUUGUCUUGACUCCUGAGAUCCCACAUACAGGCUCUGAGCAUCCUACUAGCCUGGACCCCACCAGUGGUCCUGCUCCAGCACUGCAUGGCUCUAAAACAAGCACAAGCACCAGCAGUUUGAGCAACAGCACGACUAGAGAUGGGGAAACCAUGUCUCUGACAGCUGAACCAAAGAAAGAUAAUGAUACCAACAAUGUCUCCCCCUCAGUGACUGUCCUUCCUGAAAUCAAUAGGAACCGGACAGAUGAGUCAACAUUACAGCCUCCAAUUCCUCCCUCUGCUAGCACCACCAUCAUCUCUCACAUCACUCCUGCCUACACUACUACAAGCCCCACACACACAGCUAGUAACACUGCCCCUGUAGACACAUGGACCAUUGCACCACUAUCAAACACAUCACACCAUCCUUCACCUACACUAGUUCCUGACUCCUCCUCAAAGCAGCCCACCAACCCCAAAACACACCUACCCACUUCUGCCCCAGCACCUGAGCCACCACGGGUGGCCACUACCACUACUAGCACUCCCAGCACUCUCAGCACUCAAUCCAGUUCAACAUUCAUCACUAGCUCCUCUAAAGAGCCACCCAUUUCUGAGUCAACCACCAUCGUCCCACCUGGCAGCCCCUCUGUCCAGACCAAAGACCAUGCUGACAACCCAUCCCAGCUCAAUGUAGGGGGUGACACGACUAUGGUCCAUGAGUCUCCCACAUUAGACCCCCUGCUGGCCGGCCUGGUGUCAGCCUUCAUCAUCACUGCUGUCAUCAUCACUCUGCUCCUCUUCCUCAAACUGCGCCGAAGAGACAACAGACCAGAGUUCCGCAGGCUUCAGGAUCUACCUAUGGAUGAUAUGAUGGAGGACACACCUUUAUCCAUGUACAGCUACUGACGGAGGCAUGACUGAAAUGUUUGGCACCUAAAUACUCUCCUAUAAAGCCAGGCUCAUGCCACAGCAGUCAUCACACCUGGUAUCUUUUCCUUUGUCUGCACCAAACAGAAAGUGGGUGGAUAGAUGUAAACACAUUUCUGGAAAGGACUUGAUUUAAGCUGCAAUGAACAGUGAAGGCAUCACCCAUGAUGGGGUCCCUUUGGAAAAAGUCUAUUUUGGUGUUUGUAAUUACAAAUUAGGUCAACGCCUCUUUUCAAUGUUGUAUGCUUAAUAUUUUUCGGCCCAUCAUUUGGGGUGGUUGGGAUUCUGUUUUGAAUUCCUCAGAGUAGAUGGGGUAGGUGUAAAACAGAAGGCAACAUCAUCAGUUAAAUCCAUCACUGUGAGGGUUUACACCUGGACACAGAUUUAACCUGUCCUGCUAGACUUUUUACCUGGGGACACUGGUGUGAUUUUUCUGUUAUCAGAUUAUGCCAUAAAGUCUGGUCUAGCAGUCGGACUGAGAGGCCAGAGAAGAGAAAUGAACAGAAUGGCCCGAUUAUAGUGUUAAUGAGGUUGCACUUUAUUUUUUCCAAGAGAUGAGAGAAAAUUGACAAAUAUUUUUGUGUAUGAUAAAAAGUGUUUUGCUUGCAUAGCAGUGUGUGCUUUGUAGGCAUGUAUGCACUGUGUGAAUUCAUUAAAGGUGCAUGUGUGUCUGUUUUGAAAGGAGGACAGGGGAUAUUUAAGAAUUUCUUUUCUGUGUUAAAAGUCCUGCUGCCUUCUGGUCUGAUUUUGAUGUGAAGUGUGUAUUUUUCUUUCUUUCUUGGAGUCUCUAAAUCCAGGAGAGAGUGCCUUACACAGUACAGGAACAGCUCUUAUUGUAUACUGUAUUUAUAUUCAAACUCACUCAUUUCCAGAUUUACCAGUCGCUCCCAGGACUUUGUGUGAUUCCCAUGGCACUUGGGGAGUGGUAGCUGCUCUGACUUGCCUGUGUUUGAAGACUUGCCUUGAACAUGUUCACCACGAGGCACUCAUUCAUCCGGCGACAGCUGCAGACCGGAAUUGGCCAUUAGCCUUUCCACACAAUGUUAGCAUUGUCCUGUGCAUUGUAAAUACUAUAUUUGCAUCACGCAAAGACAACUUCAUGAAACUCUUCAUCUUAGUUGCUGCUUUAGCAUUCACCAGACACAAACAUUAAUAAAGUUCCAUUAACUGACCUGACAACACCCAGCUGGCAUUGAUUUUACCGUGCAUCGGUCUCGCUGUAUAUAACAGCAGGAAAACAUGAGUGGAAGUGAAUCACGUACAGGGUGACGAAUUUCCAUACAAAAUAUAUGUGGCUCAUAUUUACUUAGAACAGAGUCUAAAUUACUUAAACAUCAAGAUGUCUGGGGAUUUAAAUAAAGGUCGUGAAACGGAGCUAUAAACUGUAUUUGCUACUUCUUUUUUGAAGAACUAGACGGGCAACAAAUUAAGGGAAACCAAACAUGAAAGUGUCUUAGUAAGAUAUUGAGCCCCCGAGGCAGCUUCAGUGCUUCUCGGAACAGAUUCCUUUUACAUAUCUACACUCCCUCCUGUGGUGUUUCAAUGAUGGAGGUGGAGAGUACAAAAGCUUCCAUGGAUCUGGUGCCUACGAAGGCUGUAGGAUAUGACUUACAUCAUUUUCAUACCUGUUAACUAAUUCAAUGAGCUGUUCUCCUUUUUGUAAUUUGUCACUCAUCUGUACAUCCUGUUCUAAAUCAGAUACUCAUCAUUUCUGUGUGUAAAUCCCAUAUUUGUCCAUUUCUUUGCGUGUAAAAAAGUACCCUAAAUACAUAGUGAGGCUUUGCUGCCAGAUGUGGAUUGUGGACUGUUGCUGUUUUUUUGGUUAUUAAAGGUUUCUGAAACAAUAAUCUGCAUUUU